AUGUGCAGUGGAGACCAUGAGAGACGUGUGAAAAGGAAGUUUCUGUUGGAAGCCCUUGCAAGUGAACUUCCUAGUGGCACCAUUAGGUUCUCCUCAAAAGUUGUUUCCAUUGAGGAAUCAGGCUACUUUAAGCUGGUGCAUCUUGCUGAUGUAACCAUCCUUAAAGCCAAGGUUUUGGUUGGAUGUGAUGGAGUAAACUCAGUGGUAGCAAAAUGGCUGGGCUUCAAGCCACCGGUGUUUACAAGAAGAUCUGCCAUUCGAGGUAGUGCAGAGUUCAAGAGCAGCCAUGAGUUUGAUCCCAUAAUGAUGCAGUUCACUGGGAAUGGUAGAAAGAACCCAGCUCAGUUGAAGCAAUAUAUGUUAACCAUGCUCGGAAAGGUACCAGAUGAAGUAAGAGCUGUUAUGGAAAACACUGUGUUAGAUGCUUUUACAUCCUCUCCAUUGAGAUAUAGGCACCCUUGGGAAAUUCUUUAG